AUGGCACCAGCAUCUUUCCGUACUAAAUAUGCUUCAAAAUUGGAACAGUUAUAUAGUAAGUUAAAAUCUGAAGGUAAGAAAAGGAUCAUCCUCACUGGGAAAGACGUCGAAAUCGAGGACUUAACAUGGAUUGCAAAAAAGUCAAGUGGUCGUGCUAUUGUAGAAGGAAUAUUUGAUUUCACAAUAUUGUGGGAACUGUCCUUUCCAAAUGGUGAUAUUGAUGAAAGACUAGCUUGUAACUUGUCAUGUUUAUCUCCUCUCGAUGAGUGGGAGCUUGAAAAUAACAAGAAGGAAAAAGAGACGAGGAUGGAAAAGUUAUUGGAGGAUCAGAUGAUAAAAAUACUUGAAAGCAAGAAGGUUGUCUUGAUAUUUGUUGAUGGAGCAGGUGAAAUGGAUGAGCUGAGCAUGAAUAUGGUAUCUCGUCGCAUAAAAGGAUUAAAAGCUAAUCAUGUACAAGAGAUUCUUGUUACCACAGCACAUGACAAUGCUGAAAACCAAGGUCUUGAGGAGGGAGUUAUCAUCAAAGUGGAACAUAAUAAGGACCAAAUCAAUGGCAAUGUGUCACUUUCUUCAUGUUGUGAACUUAUUGUAAAGACAAUCUAUACAACUCCAGGGUUACAGUCUAAGUUGCUGCUGGAAAGCAUCUUAAUUGACUUAUGUUGCCGCGAAAACAAGUUCCCUUUUAAGAGUGGAAGGGCACAUUACAGUGAGUUGAUCACUUAUUGGAUACUGGAAGGCUUUCUUGGUCCUUUCAAUUGUUUUGAGAAUGCUUAUGAAAAGGGACACCGUGUUCUUAUGGCGCUUGCUCAUCAUGGCUUCAUUGAAAAGCUAGCUGCAGGGUAUGUUAGGAAAAAUAGGAAACCGUUGUUUUUGAGUGCUUGUGAUCGUUGUAGAAUGGAGGAGACUGUCCGUCUAGGUCUGGCGAAUGUUUUUGAAGGUGAUCUUGGACGAAUCGCACAAGCAGAUGGGAUCAUAAGAACACUUGGUAAGGUUGAAAAAGAGAAAAAAGCAUCAACAUUGUUGAUUGAUAGGAACUUUCUCAAUAGGGAAGUCUUAGUUGAUCUCUUUCAAACCAUGGAGGAGAUAGAAGCUCUUGCAAUCUUCAACCCAACAUCCAAACCCGAGCCAUUAUCCUUGGAGAUGCAGAAUCUUAGGCUUCUUGUUCUUAGAGGUUGUAAUUUUUUAGGGGGCAUUGAGAAUCUCUUGGAACUAAGACCAACUAAAGCUGACAACAUUUCAUUCCAGAAACUUACUGUUCUUGAAAUAUCUGGUCCUAGCCCUUCCUUAACAAUCCCCGACAAUCUUUUUAAACAUAUGCCUCAUAUUCAAAGUCUUAAUUUAUCAUCUCUUCAAGUUUCUUCACUUCCCUCAUCCCUUUGUCAUCUCACUGAACUAGUUUGGCUCAUUCUGAGAGACUGCUCCAGCCUAAAGGAAAUAGGAAGUUUAAAAAGCAUGACAAGACUUCAGGUUCUCGAUCUUUCUGGUUCUACAUCUCUAGAGAAGUUCCUUGACAAGAGCUUUGCAAUAAAUAAGGAGCUUCGAAUGCUUAAUCUUUCAAACACCAAAAUAAAAUUGUUACCUGUGAUCAAAGACUUGAGCAAUCUCACUUAUCUCUUGUUACGUGAUUGUAAAUCACUAAGAAGGUUACGCAUGAUUGGUUCACUAAGCAGCCUGCAAAUUCUUGACUUGUCAGGUGCCACAAAUUUUGUUGAAUUUCAUGAUCAAUCCCUAGAACAACUUGGUGAUCUCGAAGAAAUAAAUGUUUCACAAACUCAAAUUGAGAAGCUUCCUUCAGAAAUCUGCAAAAUACGCCGUCUUUCUUUGAGAGGGUGCUCCAAGUUCAAUGAAUUUCCACACCUUAAAAGCCCUGAUGCCCUUCAAUUUCUUGACCUUUCAGCCACAAACCUCAUUAGUGUGCCAUCCAUUUCCAGUCUUAGUAAUCUUAGAGAGCUGUUUCUUUCAUGCUGCUGCUCCUUGGUGAAAUUGGGAGACUUAAGUUCAUUAAAAGAUUUGCUGGUGCUUGAUCUUUCAGGUUGUAAGGCUCUAACUAGAUUGGCGGAUAACUCAUUUGAAAACAUGCAUUGCCUUCAAAAUCUGAACCUCUCUGAGACAAGCAUUGAGUAUCUGCCAUCCCUGUCACGUUUGAGUAACCUCCGUCGCCUUUUUCUACAGAAGUGCACUAAAUUGGAAAGAUUUCCAUCACUUGAAUCCCUAACAAACCUGGAGGAGCUAAAUCUUGCUGGUCUCAAGUGCCUAGGAGAAGUUGAUUUCUUGAAGAAUAUGGUGAAUCUUCACCUUCUUGAUAUUUCUGAAACUGGGGUAACACAUUUGCCAUCCUUAUCGAACCUCAAAAAGCUUAAGCAUCUUUCUCUAAGAGGUUGUCAGCAGCUUCCGAAUCUGGAAGGAGUCACAACACUUGAAGUUCUGGAUAUUUCUGGAUCUCGCAUUGUAGACUUGCCCUCCUUCGAGGAUUUUCACAAUCUUCGUCGCCUUAUCCUCAGAGAUUGCCCAAACAUAAAAGAGUUCAAGGAUCUGGAGAUAUCUGAAGUCUUGAAGGCGCCGAUUGAGAAACUUCCUUAUAGUAUCUCAAAGUUGACUUGUUUGAAUCACCUUGAGCUACCAAAGAUGAAAGAUGGAAACAGAAUAUGCCACCCAGAGGAGCUUCUUCACUGUCCCUGGAGGAUCUCCAGCUGGCCACUUGACGUAGUUCCCAGCAGUCGUAUGCUUGGAAUAUUUGUGGAUAACUUUCAAGUUCUUCAACUCUUGAACAAUCCAGCUAUUGGCAAAAGCUUCCAUUUCACAGUUCAUCCCAUUGAGGAAAAGACUGAUAUUGGAGGUAAGUAUUUCUACCAAAAUGAACUCUUUCAUAGAGAUACUUUCUUCCGAACCAUAAAACUUUGUCAGUGCAAGGAGGAGGGGAGAGAGUGCCAGUGCAGGAAGCUAGAGCGAUCUCUGGAGAUCCGUGGGUUCAGUGAUUACCCCCGUGGUCUUGAGCAUUUAGCAUCUCAAGCUGAAUUUUUAUUCUUGAUUGAUAACCAAUUCAUCAAAAGCUUAUCUAGUUUGGGUGCUGAAAGCAUAAGAAAGACAAAAUUCUGCUGGAUAGAGGGAUGCAGUGAAAUGGAAAGCAUUCUUAGUGUGGCCGAUAAUAAUCAGGGAAGUUCAAAGGAGAUUGUUGAGGUUAGUACUGAAGUUGAGCAUGGGUUGGAGAUUUUAAGGGUAUCUCAUGCUGUUUGUUUGAAAAGCAUAUGUAGUGGCAGCAACCUGCAAGGCCAUGAAUUAAGAUUUCUCAAAUGUCUGUAUCUGGAACAUUGCUCGGAACUCGCAAAUUGUUCUCCAUCUUAUUGUCUAGACAACCUACAAAUUCUUCAAAUCAAAUUCUGCGACAAGUUCAGGAUUCUGUUUGAAGAUGAGCAAUCGCAACCUUCGUUGCAAAAAUUGCACAUGUUAUGUUUGUGGGCACUACCAAAUUUGGAGAGCAUUGCAUGUAAAGCGGAAUCAUUGCAGACCUUGAUUAUAGGAGAAUGUCCAAAGCUUGAAAGUGUUAAUUUGUCAACCUUACAUUCAGUAAAACUUGAGAUCCUUCAAAUCUCUUCGUGCGAUAACUUGAGGGAAAUUGUUGCUGCUUCUUACUUGCCACUGCCAGAAAAAUUGAUCAUUAGAGGAUGCCCAAGUUGCAGUUUGUAA